AUGAAAAGAAAUAAAGGCAACGAUCUAAAGAAUAGACAGAAGAUGAGACGUCACCGACCUUAUCAGAGCAAGUCCGACGACCUUGGAAUCACCGGUGAUCUUCAGGUUUAUGAUGGUUACAAGUUAUGGAGUGAAGGUUUUGGUUUAACCAUUUUUGUGCAAGCUUUGGCCUUAGCAAGUAGUGGAGCAGCAAGAGUCAUUGAUUACUAUUCCCCCGCGGCUUCCGUUGUUGAAGCCAUCUCAAAGUCCCUUGCGCAACAAACUUCUGUUGCUGUUGUCGACAGUGAUGGAACAUUCAUUGGCGAGAUAUCGCCCUUCACGCUUGCUUGCUGUGACGAGUCAGUUGCGGCCGCUGUGACAACUUUGUCUGCAGGGGACUUGAUGUCCUACAUUGACUAUGGCGGCCCGCCAGAGGGUCUGGUUAGCGUUGUGAAGGCCAGGUUGAAGGAGAAGAAUCUGGAGAAAUUGCUGCAUAAGUUUACAAUUCUGACUUCUCUAGGCAGUGAUAUGUCGGCCUCGUCUUCGUCUGAUGAGGAAAGUACGACCAGGAGUUUGAAUAGGUCGGGAAAGUACGCAAGGUCGUCGAGUUACUCGGCGAGAUUUGUGCGGAAGGCAGAGGCUAUAGUGUGCCAUCCAAAAAGCUCUUUGAUUGCUGUGAUGAUUCAAGCAAUUGCUCAUAGAGUGGACUACUUGUGGGUUAUUGAUGAUGAUUGCAGCUUAAUUGGCAUUGUUACUUUUUCUAAUAUCUUGAAGGUGUUCAGAGAACACACAGAAAUGAUUUAAAUGUUUAGAAAAAAAUGUGUCAAUGUUUUUUUGGUUUGAUUGUUCAUAGGGAAGCAUGAACUUUUAUCUUUGUUUUGCUUUAUUUGACUGUGUGAAUCAAUUUUUAAUAAGUUUCCCUUUGAUGCAAAUCUUGGUCAAGAAUUAAUGUUAUUUGUUUUCCUAUGUUUUGUUUUCCUAUGUUUUGUUUUCCUUCUCUUUGAGUGAGUGAUUAUGGUUCAAAAUUUUACGGCUAUUGAA